AUGUACCUCAACCUGCCUGCUGCGGCUGGCAGCGAUGAUGCAAACUCUGCCAACACCGGGGCGACUCGUGUCUAUAUCCGACCCUGUGACUCAGGAGUUGUUAAUGUCCCUAGGAUCCCUCACAGCCCUGCUGUUCAUAUGGGGGAUCGAAUGGGAUUAUGCAGCAGCAUCAAGUGGGAAAAGGCAGACUCAGCAAAGCCGCCAAGGGAUAUAGUGGGCAAAAUCUGUGGUCGUAAACUGGAAAUGUUGGAAGGGCAGCACUCAAAUCUCGGGGCGGGGCGGCUGCACGGGCAGCUCAGGUAUUCCACUGAGGAUUGUUCCUUUGAAGAAGAGAUUCGUCCAGAUGGCUACAAUGUCUAUAAAUCAAAAAAAUACGGAAUAUCGGUGUCUUUGAGUAGCGCCAAGCAAAGACAACAGUUCAAAGGAAAAGAUUUUCUUCCACUAUCUCACUUCUUACCUAUGAUCAACACUGUGCCCGUGGAGUCAACAGACUUUGGUGAAUACGGUGAUUACAGCCAGGCCUUUGAACCAGAGGUGUACUCCUCGCCUCUCGAAACGGACAGCAUGGACCCCUUUGGCAUCACCUCCAAACUGUCACCGGUGAAGAGCCCCAGCUUUCAGAAAUGACUCUGAUCACA